ACCUUCCUACUACCUGGUUCUCGACCUGUAAUAGUAUUUAUAAAUAAAUAAUGAUAAUUUUAAAAGAACAAUAACUGUGUAUAUUCAGUGAACCCCCCUCUCCAGUCAUCGGGGGCUGUCCAAAGGUUUAUAAUUGCCUACCGAUGCCACAAGAUGGCGGCAAAGAACUACUUUAGCUAAAAUGAAGCUCCUCAGGUGAAUGGAAAAUACUUCAUUCCUUGGAACCAAGAUACCUUACGAAGGCAGCCAAGAAAAUACUUAAAUCGGUUCAAAACCUAAUCUGCAAAUUUGUACUAUGCGGAUGCCAAAGGGCAAAUAUGCAGGGUCUUCACUACUUUACAAAGCAUUUUGGGUUCGGUCACAUGACGCCAACUUUGCCUCUCGUUCCCAGGGCAGCACCUUUGACCUCAAGACUGCCGUCUCCCCCUACCACCAUGCGCUGCUGGCCCGCGGGGGUCCCUUCUUCCAACCCUACCGGCCCGGGCCGGUGGAGGACCCCGGGCGCGGGGGCGCCAAGGUGGCCACUCGCGAAAGCACGGGGGCGCUGAAAGCCUGGUUGGGCGAGCACCUGAAAAACCCGUACCCCACCAAGGGCGAGAAGGUCAUGCUGGCCAUCAUCACCAAGAUGAGCCUGACGCAGGUCUCCACCUGGUUCGCCAACGCGCGGCGCCGCCUCAAGAAGGAGAACCGCGUCAGCUGGGCCUCUUCCAGGUCCAAGUCCGACGAGGAGGAGGAUGAGGAGCAGGAGAGCGAGGAUGAAGAGGACGAAGAGGAGGGGCCUCUGAGGAGGUGUCACGCCCAAGAGGUGACUGAGCGGCCGGCCGGCGAAAGCUCGCCGGAGAAUGCGUCACGGGACGGGAGUGAGGGAGCGUGCGUGCGUGCCCGUCGCACGCCCUCCCCUCCGGAGAGCAAAGACCCCCCGAAGCCUAAAAUCUGGUCGCUGGCCGAGACCGCCACAUCGGAGACGGUGAAGAAACCAGCGGCGCACGAGUACCAGUCCGUGGGGAGGAUGUGGGCCGAGUGGGCCUCCAGAGGGGCGCUUCUGGUGCCCGCCUGCUACACUGCCCACGAAGUCCACUCAUGAACACCCCCCCCCCCUGCCCCCACCAAAACCCUCAGACAAUGUCCACUAUUGAUGCACUUUACCCUCUCAGACGACAGGGGUCCGACUUCGACCCCUGGAAAUCUGUCUCCACGCCAAAGAUGUUUUUAAUGUACAUAAAUGUAGAUGUAUUUUUCCAACAAACCUGUAAAUUAUAUUUCCUUUUGUCUGCUGAGAAAGGAAUAUUUUUACUUAAAUAAAACCGCAUCAAAAAGAAAAAAAGGAUUUGUUUUGUCUCUUAAAAAAAUCAGACCUUAUUUAUGACCAAAAAAAAAAUUAGGAUCACACUUUCUGAUGAGAUUCAAUGCAACUGAUUCCAAAAUGCAGUCAGCCUCAGUCACGACGCCACUCGUGAACUUCACAUUUGACUUCACUAUCAGUUGAGUUAUUUUGGUUUUCACACAGGUAUGUUGUCAUAUCUCCGCCUUCGCCCCCCAUGACGAUGCAGACGAUGCUCA